AUGCCUGGCAGAACGGUCGUCGCUGUUGCUGGCGAGAACUUUGCAGUCGUCGCGUCGGACACCCGCUUGAGCGAGUACUAUGGCAUCCACACUCGCAACUGCCCCAAGACAUUUGUUCUCUCCGACAAGACCGUGCUGGCAUCAUGCGGCUUCCACGGCGACGUGCUCACAUUGACCAAGAACAUUUUCACACGGCUGCGCAAGUACGAGCACCAGCACGAGAAGACAAUGGCAACGCACGCCAUUGCUCAAAUGCUGUCCAACACACUUUACUACCGCCGGUUCUUCCCCUUCUACACCUACAAUGUGAUUGGUGGAUUGGACGAAUCUGGCAAAGGAGCUGUAUACAGCUACGAUCCUGUCGGCAGCUACGAGCGUGAGAGCUAUCGCGCGGCUGGCACUGCCUCUGCUCUUUUGCAGCCUCUGCUGGACAACCAGCUUGGAUAUAAGAACUUGGCUCCCAACGUGCCGCGCCCUCCACUGACCGUUGCCCGUGCUGUGGCCAUCGUCAAGGAUGUGUUUGCCGCUGCCACCGAGCGCGACAUUUACACUGGUGACAGUGUCGAUAUUCAAGUCAUCACCUCGGAAGGUGUUGCAACGGAGCGAUACGAGUUGCGCAAGGAUUAA